AUUAGAAAUAUACGAAGUAUAAAAAAUAUAACAGUGGAAAAAGUAAAGGAUUCGCGUGUGCAAUUGUUAUACUGUCAGUGUACCUUUACGAUAGGUAUUCAAGUUUAUUAACCACAACAGUAUUAAUUCCAAUACAAUAAUGGUAAAAAAAUGUAUUUUACGAUUUGUAUGCAAGUUAUACAUUUAAAUAUUAAAAAAAAAAAAAAAAGGAAAAAAAAGGCUCAAAGUUAUGGUAAAAAUGCACAACGUUAAAGAGCAAGCGCCAACCAGCCUACAUCCUACAUAAACAUAUAUAUAUAUAUCCACAAGCGUCGAGGAAACUCAUCAUGUAGUAAAUAAACAAGCGGCUACUAUUCAACCAUAAAUAUCUUUUAAAAUUCUACAUUAUUGACUUCCGUAUAUUAAACAGCACGUCUGGGUAGAAGCUAGUUAAAAAGUGAAAGUUCUACAUACAUGGAGAGUUCUCGUUUGCGCUAACAAUAAGAGUACAUAAGUUGCGAUUUGUAUUUCCAACGAAAGAUAACAUUUCAUUGUUGUGUUCUAGUGCAAGCUUGUGAAUCUUUUCGAAGAAAGAAAAUAGAAAGAAAAAUCAAGAUAAAACAGUUGGCGAAUAUUGAUCUCCUUUUCCGUUCGUGAAACUUUCAUAUCGUGUGUCGAUGUCAUCCAAUUCCGCUAACCCUAAAAGUGGAGGGGAAAAGAGCAUUAAGGACAAAGGCGACCUCUGUUGUGGCAACGGACGCGCAUCAAACUAUGCAUUGCAUUGCUGUCGAAAAUGGCGUCGAGCUCGGAGCUGCCAGAAUAUUCGUCCCCUGCAAAACGACGAAAAGUCGACGGCAACGGUUACAUCGGCGCCAGCGCUACGAAACUGGAUUUCCAACAUUGUGAGACGUCGCGUGACACCCCUAACGAGGAUCUCGAAGAGACAUACGGAGGAGAUAGCGGGUUCAAUGAAUUAAGCGACGAAUCAAAAUCAACUUCAGUUUCUCCAGAUGCUACAAAUUUAACGACUACUCCAUCUAGAAUCGAUUCCACUAGCGACGAUACCGGUUGUCCGAUCGAUACUGCAGACGAGAAGGACGAAGUGUCCUCGACAGUUUCAAAUUUGUCAGAUUUAUCAGGCCUGUCCGACUUUUCUGGGGAAGGUGAAGUGAAUCAUCAAUGGAGGAAUGCAUCCUCGUGGGUUCAGAAACAAAUGUUGAUAGGUGCUGACCCUCGAGAACUUUUACACCAUCUCCUUAUGGAUUCCACACAGAUUCCAGAGCAGGUCGACGACCUGACUCUUUGGAAGAUUAUAGUAAAUGUGAUGUCUGAACCACCCCGCCGACAGAAGUUGAGGCAUAUAAAUACUUUGUCGGACGUGGUCAGAUUAAUACGUAAUAGUAAAAAAAUUAUAGUCUUAACUGGAGCGGGCGUGAGUGUCAGUUGUGGUAUUCCUGACUUCAGAAGUAGAGACGGUAUUUAUUCUAGGCUGGCUCAAGAUUUUCCCGACUUACCCGAUCCACAGGCUAUGUUUGAUAUUAAUUACUUUGGUCAAGACCCGAGACCGUUUUACAAAUUCGCACGAGAAAUUUAUCCUGGACAAUUUAAGCCAAGUCCUUGUCAUAGGUUUAUUAAAAUGCUCGAUAAGCAGAAGAAGCUUUUAAGAAAUUAUUCGCAAAACAUCGACACCCUCGAACAAGUAGCAGGCAUCGAAAACGUGAUCGAAUGCCAUGGCUCCUUUGCCACUGCAUCGUGUACGAGGUGUAAAUACCAAGUAAAAGCUGACGAUAUCAGGGAGGACAUUUUUGCUCAGAGGAUACCAGUGUGUCCAAAGUGCAGAAUUAACGCUUUGCCACCCAUAUCGGAGAUUAACCCUAACGAGAGUUACAGAGAUUUGGUGACGCAGGGCAUAAUGAAGCCAGAUAUCGUUUUCUUUGGCGAGGGACUACCAGAUGUUUUUCACGAUGCGAUGUCCAAAGACAAAGACGACUGUGAUCUCUUAAUCGUAAUCGGAUCAUCCUUGAAAGUCCGCCCUGUAGCGUUAAUUCCUUCCUCUAUUCCGUCUCAUGUUCCACAGAUUUUAAUUAAUCGCGAAUCGUUGCCGCAUCUCAAGUUCGACGUCGAACUGUUGGGAGACGGUGACGUCGUUAUAAACCAGCUGUGUCAGUUAAUGGGAGACAGUUACAAGGAAGUAUGUUGGAACGACACAGUUCUCAAAGAAGCAACCCAACUUCUGCCCGUACGUUACAUGUCAGACGACACAUGGGAGCAAAGCCAGGACACCACAACGAACACUGUGUUAACACGAGAUAGUGCCGAGACUGAUUUUAAACCGCACGACUCGUGCUCCGUCGAAAGUCAAGACAGUCUUAUGAUCAAUAACAACAGCGGUAUCCAACAAUGCACGGACAGUAUAAACAUGUGCGUUUCACCUUACCGUAACGAUCACACGAAUAAUAGAGAGGAGAGAUUCAGUCUGUUGGGAGACAGUCCUAAGAGAAGACUGGCCGAGUCAAGUGCUGAGAGUAGUCCAAAAAGAAUGAACUGUGGCAGCAGUUCCGUGUUAGACUUUAACUUGUCCUCCUCGAUAACUGAGAAUUCCGAUUGCUCGACUGAUUAUAAAAUUCACGUCGUGUCGGUGGAAUCUACUUCGAAGGACAAUGGAAAAGUUUACAAUUUAGAAGAGUGUCAAGUAUUUCCAAGGAUAGUAGAAUUCUCUUCGGAAGGUACAAUGUUAGAUUCGUCGUUAAAAUCCAAUCGUUGUAUGGAGAACACGGUGGCAUCGAGUAUGAACGAUGAUCACGCGCCGGUACCCACCACUGGAAUUGAUAAAAUUAAUUUCAAACCGCGACAAGCGUCGAUCGAUUCCGCCUUGGAUUCUGGAAUAGGCGAUAGCUGUAACAGUGUCGACAGUCGAGAGGGGAAGAACGAUAAAGACGAGUUCAAAAAUGAUAGAAUGGAGAGGCACUGUUGGCAGCCGAAAAUACGAGAAAGUAUCGCUACGAGGUUACCAGAAAACACGUAUUACCAAUUAACACCUGGAAAGUAUAUUUUCCCUGGGGCAGAAAUAUAUUCAGACCCUGAGGAUUACGAUCAGUGUUCUCUUUCGAUUAAUUCCGAAAGCUCGGAGAGCGACAGUGAUUCCUCGUCUGCGGUUGAAGAGGAGGAGGAAGAGGAGGAGGAAGAGGAGGAAGACGAAGACGAGGAGGAGGAUAAUCAACAAGGAGAAACGAAUAAAGAGUGCAAAAAGGAAGAAAUAGGUAAGGGUGAUAAGUUGUUGGAAAGUAUAAACAUCAAAGCUGAUACCAAUACGGAGGGUGAGGAGGUAAAGUGGACAACGAGUCAUCUUUACAGUGGUGCACAAGGUUAAUGGAGAUCUGUAUUUAAGAAGUGACAAUCCUGAUCCUUGUUACCUUCAUCGAACUUGAAUGUUCGAGGAAAGAAACUAUGAACAAUUGGCAAAGAGUGCAAUUCUACCAGUUGUACAUACGUUACACGCGUGUACGCGCUAUCGUGCAAACGUUCCGUACGUUUGCUUUCCUACGAGGCUUAUGUUCUUCGAAUAGGAUCUGCUCUCGUAGCGAGAGAGAGAGAGAGAGAGAGAGAGAGAGAGAGAGAGAGAGAGAGCUGUUUCACGAUUUCUCGAACAAGCAACGCGUUUUGUUACAAAGCACAAGACAUUCGAACUUACCAUAAUUUUCUGUUACGUAGCUACAGUAAAGGUAACAUUGAUUCAUACUUUUUUUUUUUUUUUCAAAUACAUUUUCAAGUUAUAUCUUAACGUAAAAGAAAGCAACAAGUUCUGCAUCUUUUCAUUUACAUUUUCAGAAAGCAUAAAUUGAAUAGUAUAUUCAUCGAAUCGGUUUACGUAAUGAAAUGCAAGUACUUAAGAGAUGCGUAUCAGUGAUGGGCCCUCCAGGCAUGUAACGCGAGAACCUCAAUAAAUUGGAAAAAAUCGUUUCCCCGUGAAAAUGUCCACAGAACGACAAUUUUCGAAAGAAACAUUCGAUAUUUAAGAAAUGAUCGCUAUUAUAAAGUAAGCAUUCGUUACGAGAUAGAAGCGUAGAAUCUAUUUACUUUCGUCAGUCAUUGUUAGUAGCGAAAGAGGUUAUAAAACCGAUCCAUGAUUCAAAUUCGCAUACGAUAUGUCCAUCUUUUCGUUGAUCGGUUAUCAUAGACUAAUGUAGCGUGUUUUAUGAGCGAGCAUUUACACCAGACGACGGUGCCCUCCCUAUUCGUUCGUACGUAAAAAAGAAACGACGUUAGAAGAAAAAAAUAAUUUUAUCGUAACUUGUAAAUAAUUGAUCGAAAGAAGUAGAUUAGUUGUUCAAAGUAUCGUGCAAUUGUAGAGAAAGAAGAAAUUUAGAAAUAUCACGGAAGUCUCGAAGAAAACGUAGAUAGAUUGCGCGUGUAACGUAAUCGAACAAGAAACGAGAAUUCGCAUGAUGAAAAGUGAUUUUGUCUUCUUAAUAUUUUACAGACACAUACGUGUAACGUUGAUUUUUAUAGAGAAGAAAAAAUCAAGCAUUUAACAGAUCGUCCCAAGAGAAAGUAACGAGUUGAAACAUUUCUCUUAGAGCAAGAAAGAAACUGUAUAAAAAAAACGCGAAAAUUACAAGAUUAAUUAGUGUCGACUUUCAAUACUAGUACAAGUUUUACCAAUCGUUGUUGCAUCCUACUGUGCCGCUGUAAUUAGUACUACGACUAUAGUUGUCCCUUUCACUGUUACAUCUACUACUACAAAAUUGCUUGUCACUAAUAAUUAUUUAUGUUUUGUAAAUUAUUGUGUAAAUUGGAAGGUAAAAGAAAAUCGUAGAUAAUCGAGAAUCGUGUAUUUUUAAGUAUUUUCUUUGGUAACGUAAGGAAACACGGACAGAAAGUAUUAAUUCUGUUAUAAAACUUUCUUAAAAUAUACAGGAUGUUCCGACAGUGGUGAUAAAAUCGGGCAGUGGACAAGUCUAAUAAACUUACAGUUAGUAUAAUUACACUCUACCAAUGUUUAAACUGGAUUUUUUUGAAAGUAAAGAGUAUCUUCGACUUAUUUUCUCACAAGGAAUCGUCACUCGCUGCCCAAUUGUACCAUCAUCGCUGAAACAUCACGUGUAUGGGUGCGUUCGGCGCAGCAUUGAAUGAACGAACGUAUAUCCAAGUACGUACUGCACGGAUACGUGUUUAAUUGCAUUUUCAAGAGUAGUAAGUGAUGCUUGUUCCGUGUAUCGUAAAACGAUGAAAAUAGUUUGAUCGAGGUGACGAUGACGAACACGACGAACAGUCUGUAGACCAUAGUUUUAAGUUUUUAGCGAUAGAUUUCAUUACCAGAACGCAGAAUUAGUCGCAAUGGUUUCGCACUGAAUGUUUUUAGAUUCGUUAGGUUUCAAUUUCUUUUCAUUGGAGCACGGGCGAAUGUACAAAGCAAUGUUGGAUAGCUUGGCAUUGCGUGUUAUUUUUAUAUGAACCGAGAGAACGGUAGAUUAGUAAACGUACAGGAUUAAACGCGAGAAACCUAGGAGCAUCAGCGACGAUCAUGUUGAAUACAUGUAGUCGUCGCGAAUAUUUGUAAGGAACGAAACGGUUGUGUGAAAAAUUUGUUAUAAUUAUUAGCAUGAUAAUUGUUUACUACACUUUUGCGCGUCGAUGUGUAGGAUGUGCAUGUACAUACAUGAUUGUAUGCAUACGCAUCUAAACGAUAAACACGAAUAGAUAUGGUGAACGCGACGAAGCGAACGAGAUUAUAAAACAGACCACCAUAAAAAAUAACUCAACGUUUCUGAUCUGUGUGUAUAUAUAUAUGCAUACAUACAUACAUACAUACAUACAUAUUUCCAAUACAUGGCACGAAGUUUUAUUUUUCAUUAGCAGGGCCAUGUAAACGAAAAAAUAACGGAGAAACAAUAGGAAAAAGUGAAACUCUGUUGAAACGUCCUGAACGAUUAAAGAGAGAGAAAGAAUGCAGAGGACUCGUUUGAGGCCCGAAGAGAAGGAGACAAAAAUAUAGUAAUUUUGGGUUCCUCACGGAUACAGUCAGUUUUAUAAGAUUUAGAAGAUUUAUUUUUCGCUAUGUACAGAUGGCUUUUAUUUAUCAUUGUUUCGCAAAUGAUACAGUUUAGGUCUUAUCUUUUAAAGCCUCCAUUUUGUCUUUAUUUAUUUGAGGUCUAUAUAGAUAAGUAAUAGAGAGAUAGAUAGAUAGGUAGAUAUAUAAAUAGAUAUAUAUAUAUAGAUAGAUAGAUAGAUAAAUAGAUAUGCGAGUGAGUGAAUGGAAGAACGAAUAAAUAUAAAAUAUAUUGCAUACUAUACGUACAUAGGUGUCGUAUAUUACACGCAUGUAUGCAAAGAUAUUCGCGUAAACGGUACGUGUACAUGUAAAAUGUAUUAAAAAAGUUGGUUUUAAUCGGCGUUCCAAAAAAGUUUUCAAAUCAAUCGAAACUCUCUUUCUCUUUCUCUCUGUUGAUCGACUAAAGGUGUGAAAAAAUAUGCGUUAUACAUACAUAGAUAUUUUUCUCAAGUAUACGAUAACCGCGAAUGUGAACUAUAUUGUUGGAUUUAACGUAAAAUCCAUUCAAAGUUCUACUUAAGCAUUUACUUACUUUUCGACUACUUAAACGAAUAGUAUUUAUUUAAAAAAGAAACGCUUCAAACUGUAUUUGCUCCUUGAUUAGACGACGAUAGAUAUAUUAAACGUUAGACGUACAAGUUUUUUAUAAUAACGCCGUGUUGCUUCUGUACACACAGUAUGCAAGCGUAUCCCGCGCACAGUCGAUUCAGAGAGAAGCAGUAACUUGGAAAGAUUUGACAAUCAUGCCAACUUUUUUUCCGACGGUACUGACUUUUUGUAUAAAUGCGUCAUAUGUAAAUAUUUAUUAUUUUUACUGUAUAAUGAAACGUGUAUUUCUGUCGUUUCGGCUGAACAUUGAAUCUCGCCGAAUCCUGUUCACAUAUUUCCUACUUUGUUUUUCUUUUUUUUUUUUUUUUGCACUUCGACACUAACGCAUUCAUUUAAUUCACGCGUCGACCAAAAUGCAAUUAUUACAGUUUUCCAAACGGGAGACAUCUUCAUUGUUCAGCCAUUACGAAAGAACGAGGUGCAGACGCUCUUCAUUUUUUUUAUAAUUUGUUAUUUAAUGUAAUGGAUGUUAUGAAAAUGUUCUCUAUUUCAGACGUUAUAAGUUUUCUGUUUCUUUGGUAUUAUUAAUAUGUAAGCUUAUCUCCUAAAUUAAACAUUUUCUAUGAUAA